AUGAUAAGUACCAAGAGUUAUGCAUUAACUGAUGGUCAAGUUAUUACCAUUAGUAAUGAACGUGUCCGUUGUCCAGAAUCACUCGUUCAAUCUUUAUUCUUGGGUAUGGAAGUUGCUGGUAUUCAUGAAACAACAUUUAAUUCAAUUAUGAUAUUUAUGACACUGAUAUUCGUAAGGAUUUAUAUGCUAACACUUACUUCAAUGUAUCCUGGUAUUGCUGAUCGUAUGCAAAAAGAAAUAACAGCUUUAGCUUCACUUUCAAUCUUUCAACAAAUGUGGAUUUCAAAACAAAAAUAUGAUGAAGCUGGUUCAUCAAUGAUUUAUCGUAAAUACUUUUAA